GGUAGCUCCAAUAACUGAGCAGGUUUUACAUGGUGUUUAAUUUGUUAACUGUGAAUUAUAUCCAGGUGGGAAGUCGGAAGACCUGUUGCCAGGCCUGGCAUGGUGGUCUCUAAAUUUGCAGCGUCUCGAGCAUGUUUAUUUGCUCAAAACUUCUCCUUACUGAAAGCGAUAAGGUCUUUCAAAGUGCGAAAUGCCAUCAAUGCCUGGAAAUCGCAAACCAUCAAGAAAUCUUCCUUUCUGAAAGUUGGCCGCCUUUCUGGACUUUGUCUCAGUGCAUGGUGCAUACCUUUGCUCAGAGCUGCAGAAUGUAGAAGCAGAGAAGUUGAACUUAGCAGAGCCGAUCAUCUAAGCAAUGUGUAUCUGUCCAAUAGAGAGCCUCCGCUGUCGCUUUCAGAUGUCUGGUCUCUGAUUCGACCGUACUGGUUUUACUUCUUGGCCGCAGUUGUGAGUGCAGUUCUUGCUGCUUUUGUCAAUAUACAGCUUCCACUUUAUCUUGGAGAACUUAUUGACAAGAUGGUGCAGAUAAUCAAAGAUCAGUCAAAAGGUCUCGUGAGCGACCUCAGUAUAAUCAAGCCACAAGCAGUCAAGCUUGUUCUAUGCUAUGCCGCUCAAGCGCUGCUUACCUUCCUUUACAUCUCGUUUCUAACGGUACUUGGUGAGAGGAUGGCAACGGAUUUACGUAUGAGGAUGUUUGACCGUCUUUUGAUGAUGGAUAUGGCUUUCUUCGAUGCACAGAAAACCGCCGAGCUUUCCUGCAGAAUGAAUGUUGACGUACAAGAGUUCAAAAGCUGUUUCAAACUCACCGUUGCUCAAGGGCUCAGAACUGUGGCACAGGUGGGAGGCUGUAUAAUCUCCUUAUUCCGAAUAUCUCCACUAAUGACUUUCUACACUGUGGCAGCUCUUCCUAUGAUCAUCACCGUUGGCACAUUAUUUGGAGCUCUGUUGAGAAGUCUCAGCAGGAGAGCACAGGCGCAGUCAGCUAUAGCUGCUGCCGUAGCAGAUGAAGCCCUUGGAAAUAUACAAACUGUUCGAGCUUUUGCCAUGGAAGAGCAGGAGUCCAGAUUAUUUGAGAGGGAGGCACGAGAUGCAUGUGCACUACAAGAGACACUAGGAAUGGGGAUAGGAUUGUUUCAAGGAGCUACUAACUUCUUCUUGAAUGGAAUUGUUUUAUCUGUAUUGUAUGGAGGGUCUUCUCUCAUAAACUCAGGACAAAUGUCUCCUGGAGAAUUGAUGUCGUUUCUCGUCACUGCGCAAACCAUUCAGAGAUCACUAAGUCAGCUUUCUGUAGUGUUUGGAAAUGCCGUAAGAGGUUGGACGGCCGGUGCAAGAGCGUUUGAGUUUGUCAACCUGCGCCCUUCCAUUCCCAAUAAUGACGGUGUCUGCAUACCGUACCAUACAUUAUGGGGAGAAGUACGAUUUGAAGACGUAGACUUUGCGUACCCGACGCGGCCAGAUCAUCAAGUAUUCGAGAAGUUGAAUCUCACCAUACCCGCGGGUAAAAUAGUGGCUCUCUGUGGACCCAGUGGUGAAGGAAAAACAACUAUAACCUCCCUGCUGGAACGUUUCUAUGAACCAGUAUCUGGUCGAGUGCUUCUGGACAAUCAAGAUCUGAAGACUUUGAAUGUGGAGUGGUUACGGGGACAGGUCAUUGGGCUGAUCUCUCAAGAGCCCGUCCUGUUUGCAACCACAAUUGAGGAAAACAUUCGCUAUGGACGACCCGGAGCCACUCGUAGAGAGGUUAUCAAAGCUGCUAAGUUAGCAAACGCGCAUGAUUUCAUCGCUAAGUUUCCUGAGGGAUAUGGUACAGUGGUAGGAGAGCGUGGCGCACAGUUAUCUGGAGGACAGAAGCAGCGAAUCGCAAUAGCAAGGGCGUUAUUGAAAGAUCCACCGAUACUCGUCCUCGAUGAAGCGACUAGUGCUCUUGAUGCCGAAAGCGAGCGUUUGGUACGCGACGCUUUGGAUCGAGCAAUGAAGGGCAGAACGGUUUUGAUCAUAGCGCAUAGGUUAAGCACCAUCCGAAAUGCUAACCUCAUCUGCGUCGUUAAGGACAAGAAGGUCUUGGAACAAGGAACACAUGACGAAUUAGUGCGAAAAGAAGGCAUUUACUAUAAUCUGAUCAAGUCUCAGUUCAACUAGGAUGGUUUUUAUAAGUCAGUAGGUUGUAGCAAUAUUCUAGGUAUAACGUAUCUCAGACUUACUUGAGUACCUCUUACUAGGUUUUAUAGCUAAGGAACUGUUGCCAUUAUAUUGUAUGUCUGUGAUAUUCCAUAGUUUAUUAUUUGCAAUUUCGCAUGUUGCUCAGCAAGAUCAAUCAUGUACAUUUUCACAGAUUGAAUGCACACUUAGUGAAGAUUCUUACCAUAAAAAAACUAUUUGUACAUU